CUCCUUCUUUCCUCUGCAACAGAGAACCGAACAAGACCAACCAUGAGCCACUCUUCAAUGCAUACCUCAACUUCCUACAGGCGCACCUUUGGAAGCCCACACCCUAUCUCCAUGUCCUCUUACUCUCCCGUGUCCUCCCGUACGUCAGUUUCUGGAGGGCGCUACAUGCGUUCAAUGCCACCUGGGGCUGCAUCCCGCUCCACCUCCUACCACCAACAGCGCUCUCGCUCUGCCGCCCAGCACCCUCGCCUCUCCUACGACAAGGUGGACUUCACCUUGUCUGAAGCCAUCAACCAGGAGUUCCUAACCACCCGCAACAACGAGAAGGCCGAGCUGCAGGAGCUCAACGACCGCUUUGCCAGCUUCAUCGAGAAGGUGCGGUACCUGGAGACGCAGAAUGGUGCACUGCAGCAAGAGCUCAACCAGUUCAAAGGCCAGCAUCAGCACGGUCAGCCCAACCGCGCCUCUGAGCUCUUCCAGGAAGAGGUGAGGGACCUGCGCCGCCAACUGGACGCCACCGAAAAGGAGAGGGACCAGUACCAACUGGAGAGGGAGAACCUGGCUGAGGACCUGGGUCUGCUCAAGCAAAGGUUGGAUGAAGAAGCCCAGAAGAGGGCAGAUGCUGAAAACAACCUGGUUGCUUUCCGCAAGGAUGUGGAUGAUGCCACGUUGUCUCGUUUGGAGCUGGAGAGGAAGAUUGAGUCUCUGAUGGAUGAGAUUGAAUUCCUUAAGAAGCUCCAUGAUGAAGAAAUCCAGGACGUACAAGUGAGUAUCCAGACCCAGCAGCUGAAGCUGGAGGUCGAGAGCACAGUCAGGCCUGACCUGACUGGAGCUCUGAGGGACAUCAGGGCCCAGUAUGAGACCAUUGCUUCAAAGAACAUGCAGGAAACGGAGGACUGGCACAAGUCCAAGUUUAAUGAUUUGACUGAGUCUGCAAAGCGCAACACUGAUGCUCUGAGGCAGGCCAAGCAGGAGGCCAAUGAGUCCAGGAGGCAGAUGCAGUCCCUCAACUGUGAAGUUGAUGCACUGAAGAACACAAAUGAAAGUCUGAUGAGGCAGAUGCGUGAAAUGGAGGACCAGUUUAGCAAUGAGAUCGGCAACUACCAGGACAACGUAGGCAGACUGGAGGAUGAGAUGUGCCACCUGAAGGAAGAGAUGGCUCGCCACCUUCGGGAGUACCAGGACCUCCUCAAUGUCAAAAUGGCUCUGGACAUUGAGAUUGCUACUUACCGUAAACUACUGGAGGGGGAGGAGAGCAGGAUUACUAUUCCCAUCCUCAAUCUUGGCAUGAGAAGUCACCAUGGUGAUCAAGACUAUGACCACACUCCAAGCAGCAUGGGCAAGAGGACUGUGCUGAUCAAGACUGUUGAGACUAGAGAUGGAGAGGUGGUGAAGGAAUCCAAGAGGGAGAAGGACAGGGAGUCAGCUCGCACCGACAAGGAUGAUGACGAGUAGAGAAACACUGAUUAGAAAAUAUGAAGACCUGUGCCACGAAAGAUAAAUAAAUAAACAAAAAGUUAGAAAAAAAUAGGGAAAAAUCAAACUCUGAUCUAUGUAGUCCUCAUUCCCACUAGUUAUGGAUUAAAUAUCCCAGCAGUCUCAAAUUGAAUGAAUGAAUCCGUUUAGACAGCGUUGCUUUGGUGCUAUUUAAGAAACCCGACUUUUACUAAACUUGUGUCAUCUGUACGGCCAAGCAAAGCCACUUCAUGAGCAUACCACUCGAGGCCUUCGUUUACAGUGCAAUCCCAUGGGAUCCUUCGACGACAACACUUUUAUAGCAGAGUAUUAAACUACAGGUUGGAAUAGAAAGUUUAAAUGGAGGAUUUUAGUAGCUUGUGUCAUUAAUAUGACUUACUAAAAAAUAUACUGACACUGCCGCUGUCUCUUAAGGUCAAUACAUCUUAAGAGACAGAUUGAUAAAAAAUGGACCUAUCUGCAUUUGUUUUAGAAGCUUUGCAAACCUCUUAUAGUGCAAACCAACAAAUCACCAGAGACAUUGGAUUAUUAAUAAACAUGCAACACACGAGAAAAUGCUGACACUGAAAAUAUAAAGUCACCAACUGAAAAUAACUUUGCUGAAUGUGCUUUGCAAUGCUGUAUGUAUUUGGUACUAUUGAUGAAUGCAUAUGGUAUUGAAAAUAAACGUAACUGCAAAACAUCUGUUUUGUCUGUCCACAUUAACAACGAUAAAUUCAA